AUGCUUUCAAUUUUGCGCAAAGCUCGUUUGGGUAUCUACUACUGCCUUGUGCGUCUCAUACCUCACAACUUGCGCCUCAAACUCUAUCGACACCUCUUCCUUCGAGCGAGAGAGCAGAAUGGUGGCUACUCUAUAUUUGGCGGGAACGUUCAGCGUACUUCCUAUGGGCUAUGUUUCAAGCGGGGCGCAUUACAGCGUGAGGUCACAGCGAUGCGGUUUGUGCGCAAGCGCACCACUAUCCCCGUCCCGUUUAUUGUGGACUACCUGGUGUCAGAUGACAACGAAAGCUAUCUGAUCAUGGAACUGAUACUCGGUGAAACCUUAGCAGAUCAAUAUGGCUCUCUGACUGAGGACGUCUGCCGUAUAAUGAUCAGGGAUCUCAUUGACAUCACGAAUGAGCUUCGUUCUAUACCCCCUCCUUCACGGCCUCCUUUGGUGUGCGGAUUGGGCUCCAUCCCAAUUGACUGUCGUCGCAUCCAGCUCAACGGAAGCAGUAGUUUCGGACCCUUCGAUUCUGUAAAAGCAUUUCAUGAAGAACUGAUCAAAUUUUCCAACCUUGAGUUUCCCAAUCAAGAAACAGAAUCUGCUGCGUUGUCUAAGAUACACAGAUUGUACGAGAAGCCGUAUCGAAUCGUUUUCACCCACAAUGACCUACAUCCCGGAAAUGUUAUGGUCGAUGCGAAUUUCAGGAUAGUGGGGAUCUUAGAUUGGGAAUCUUCUGGGUGGAUGCCAGAGUACUGGGAAUAUAUAAAGUCACGGUUCGUCUACCAGUAUCGAAAGCGCUGGGGUGGUCGAGUAAUGGCACGGGUUUUUCCAGAGUAUGAGGAGGAAUGGGAGGUGGAUUGUAUAUAUUAUGCCCACAGAGUGCGCUACUGA